CCAAGCGCCGAAGAAGAAACUAACGACAGAGCGCAGAAGAAGAAACAGAGGCGCCUAGCAAUGGCGGUCAUUUGGCCACACAAAUAAACAAUCCAGUUUGCAAUUUAAUGCUGCUGUUGUUAUCGCAAGUAGUCUAAUGUCAUAGCUAUCUGUCAAACGUCUGUCUGUUGCAGAAAGGACACGUCUGUCUAUCUGUCGGUGUCAUUAGCUGGAGGGGCAUCAGUCUGAUAUUGAUGUUAAACAGUUAGCAGGAGCCGACUGAGCAGCUUCAUCUCCAUUGUUGAACACUGGGCUCGUUUCUUCGUACCCUGGCGUCGCUUUCUGACCGCUAACGAUGCCGCUGGGUUUGAAACCAUGCUGCGCCGUUUGCAAGACGAACUCUUCGUCUAUGUGGAAGAAAGGAAGCCAGGGAGAGAUCCUCUGCAACAACUGCACAGGAAAGAGCAGCAGCGGCGGAGCAUCAGGACCCUCCAUGUCCUCCAGCACACAACCCAGCAAUGGCGGGGGCAAACAGUCCAAGCAGGAGAUCCACAGGAGGUCUGCACGGCUCAGAAGUACCAAGUACAAAGCUCCAGCUUCUGAGAAGAAAGUGUCCACAAAGGGAAAGGGAAGAAGACACAUAUUUAAACUGAAAAAUCCAAUCAAAGCACCAGAAUCUGUAGCGACAAUCAUCACGUCAGAAUCCGUCUUCCAUAAGGGUGUUUACUACCAGACGGGAGAUGUGAUCAAAGUAACAGACGAAGAGGACGGGAAGUCGUACUACGCUCAGAUCCGAGGUUUUGUUCAGGACCAGUACUGUGAAAAGAGUGCAGCUUUGACCUGGUUAAUCCCCACCCAGGCCAGCCCAAAGGACCAGUUUGAUCCCGGGACAUAUAUCGUUGGUCCAGAGGAGGAUCUACCCAGAAAGAUGGAGUACCUGGAGUUUGUGUGCCACGCCCCCUCUGAGUACUUCAAGUCCCGGAGCUCUCCGUUCCCCACCAUCCCCAUCCGACCAGAAAAAGGCUACAUCUGGACCCACAUAGGACCCACACCAGCCCUCACUGUCAAAGAGUCUUUGACUGGCAGCAGUUAACAGGACUCUGAUAUGGACUUAACUCUGUUGCUUUUAAACAGACAUUUGUAUAUUUAUGUAAUAUAAUAAAAACAAAAAUGGUUGUGAACUACAGCCAUCACUUCAGAUUGAAGACAAGGUGUAAUUUGACACAGAAGAAAUCUACAUUUCAAAAAAGUUGUUUACACAGCUGCAGCAUUGGAAUAUUACUUUUGUAUUUAGUAAUAAAGAAAAAAAUGUUUCUACAA